AUGCCGUCAAUAUUCGGCAAAAGUCAUCUAUAUCGUUAUGAUAUUCAAGGUGGUGCCAAAAGUCAUUAUCUUGUUUUUGUUCAUUUACCAUGUUUACAAACACAUCUUAAACAUUUAUAUCAACUAUCAUUAUUACCAUUUAAUGAUUAUGAACAACAAACUAUUGAAUGUUUAAUGAAUCAUAAUAGUUUAACACGGGAUUGUAUUAAUUAUCUUUUACAACGGCUUCAUAUACGAGAUGGUGCUAUUUCAAAUUGUUUUGCUUUAUCUUAUUACAAUAAAUCUAAUAAUCAAUCUUAUUGGCUUGAUCCUAAUAUAUCAAUGAGACAACAAGUACCAAAAUCGGAAUUAAAACCAAAUUUAACAUUUACAAUGUUACUUUAUCCACCAGUGCCAUAUGCAAUAACGGAUGAAAAAGCUAGGCUAAUUCUGUAUCAGCAAAUAUUCUGCAAUUUCAUUUCAUCAAUGUAUACAAUAUCGGGAAGUCUUGUUGAAACACUAUCAGCUUAUUUUCUUCGAGCUUGUUUUGACAAUAAAUUCAAUGCAGAUAAAAAUCAUGAUGUUCUUCAAUUGAUCAUAGCAGCUGUCGGCAUUUCAGAAGAAAAAUCCGAUAUAGUAAAAGAUAGAAUCUUUGAAUUAUAUCGUAAUUUAAAUGGUAUUGAUAUACGAUCAGCACAAAAUCAAUUUGUUCAUCAAAUAUCUCAAUUGAAUACAUAUGGAAUGAUACAUUUAGAAAUCAAAAACGCACUCAAUGAAACAAUUUGUCUUGGAUUAAGUCAUACUGGUAUACAUUGUCGUUCAUUGCUUCGAAAUGAAUUUAAACUUGAAGCUUGUUGGCAUAAUAUAACAUCCAUUGUGUCGAAUAAACAACGUCAGAUAACAGUGACAAUUAAAAAUGAUAAUAUAAAUACUCAUAUGCAGAUUUAUUAUACAGAUUCAACUAAUUAUAAUCGUUAUUGUCUUCGUCUUCUUCAUGUAUUUUUGAAUCAUUUUUCUAAAUAUGUUCCGAGCGAAAUCGAAAACAUUCCAAAAUUAGAAACAUUCCCAAUCAAAAAGCCAUGUUUAGUGCACGGUGCAAGUGUGCCAGAUCUCCGAUCUGAUGGUGAAUCUUCGAGUAAUGAUCGUUCACCACCAUCAGCGUCAUCAUCAGCACGAUCGUCAAAUCAUAGUUCGAAUCUGUGGACCGGCAGUUUACCGAAUUUAACGGUACAAUUGUCGACUCGACAACAGACAAAUGAAAUUUUCAAAAAAAAGAACGAUCCUUACGCAACAUUUUCUGAUAAUCUCAAUCAUAUCGAUGAACAAGAGACAAUAUCUCCAGUUGAAGAAAAGGAAGUAACGUUACGACAUUCGUUACCAGUUCCAUAUAAAUCUCAAUCACCAAUGUACAAAAAGUUUUCGCAUCGUUUUUUGCUGAUGUCCACUGCUCGUAUUGGAUUAUCAUGUUCUCUUGCUACAUUUGAUAAAAUUUCCGUAUCACCAUCGAUGGUAAAUGCAUCGAAAAUACCUUCAUCGAUUAAUCUUUCGCCGUGUUUUUCAUGUGAAUGUCUUGAUCGAGGUGAUAAAGACUCAAUUCUACAAUCAUCAUCAAAUCUAUCAACACUAACAACAAAUAAUCGAUUAUUAUUGAAUUCAAGAACAUAUCUUUCAUCGACAUCAGUACCAUUGGAAAUCGAUACGAUUAGUGUUGAUGAUGAUGAUGAUGCACCGACAGAUAUUUGGUUAGCUGACUUCGAAUCAAAAUUAUCCAAUAAUAUAGUUUAUGAUGAGUUCGAUUCCAUUCCAGUGUCUCGUAUCAAUGGUUCGAUUCAAGAUGGACGAUUAUCUGACAACACUCAUCGUAAUCGAUAUGCAGAUGUGAUACCGUAUGAUGAUACACGUGUACGAUUAAUUCCAACAAAAGACAAUCUUCAUGGUUAUAUCAAUGCGUCGCAUGUUAAAAUUCGUGUCGAAAAUACAAUCUAUUCGUACAUUGCAGCUGAAUCCCCAUUACCAUUAACAGUUCAUGAUUUUUGGCGUAUGAUAUCUGGCAGUAAUAUACAUGUUAUUGUUAUGCUAAUUGGUAAUGAUCCGCAAUUAUGUGCAAAUUAUUUUCCAAAACAUAAAAAUGAAAAAUGUCGAACAGAUGAAUUUGAAAUUGAACUAAUUUCCGAACAAAAUCGACAAGAUUUUCACAUUCGUUAUUUACGUAUGAAAGUUCUUAAUGGGCAACGAACGCGUACUAUUGUUCAUUUGCAAUAUGUUGCUUGGGACGAAGCACAAUUACCACUUGAUGCAACAUCAUUUAUUGAUUUUAUUAAUGUAGCAAAUAGUUUUCGAAGACACUAUGGUGAAACGAAUCCAUGUUUAGUUCAUUGUACUGCUGGUAUUGGUCGUACUGGAAUUUUUAUUCUCACUCAUGUUAUGAUUCAAUGUAUAACAUUUAAUAAAAAAGUAAGUGUUGCAAGUGUAUUGAAAGUGAUGCGUGAACAUCGAAUGUCACUUGUCGAUCGUACAUAUUCAUAUGUAUUUGUUUAUCGUUGUCUUAUUGAUUACUUAAAAUCGUCGAGACUUAUCUAA